AUGAGUAAUAAGCGAAUGAAAGUUGUUUUGGUGGGGCCAAUGAAAGUAAGUACAGUGUAAUAUGCUAAUCAGUGUUAGAGUGGGAAGACCGUGAUCUCAACGUUCUUAUCAGAUACGACCGAAAACCUUCGAAUGGAGUACAAACCGACCAGUGGUAAGUCAUAAUUAAAAGAUGCAUAUGCAUGUAAUAAAUACACAUGUGCCUUUCUAUAUUGUUCUGGUCAGCAUUGCCCAAAACAAAGAGUAAUAUAUUGUUUUAGACCUCAGGAUCUAAAACGUUUGGUUUUGCCUCAAAAUAAUGUUGUUAAUGAAAUGAAUGGUUAAUUUCGUAAAUAAAAAUGAUCAUAAUAUAAAUACAAAAAUAAAAAACUUUUGAAAAUUACUCUAAAAACCAAAAUUAAUAAAAUAUUGUUAUAGGAGUAAGGAUAAUCGAAUUCGAAAGCAUCGAACUGAGCCUAGAAGACCAAAGAAUCGAGCCAGAUGUAGAGUUAUGGGACUGCAGCGGUGACAGAAGAUACGAAAAGUGUUGGCCAGCCAUGAGACAGUACGCUGAUGCUGUUAUCAUACUCUGCAACCCAGUAGACACACGAGGAGAAGAGCUGUUAUUAUGGUAAGUAAGCUUUACAAUAGAGCUUCUACAGUAAGAAAUCGCCCGUAUUGAGUUUACAAGGUAAAAUACAAAACCCUACCUUUCCCGGAAAUUAGUAGCGACCCACCGUUCCCGCUUAUUAUAUAACCUGAUUUGUUUUACCAUACCCUGAGAAAGAAAUUACAAUAUGUUAAACCCAAACGGGAACGGCGUAACCAAACCAGGUCGUCGGCGGAAUCUCCAGCACGGCUGCAGAAGCGUGCGGGAACGUUGCUGUAAAAACUAAAAGUUUAUAGAUGCCAUAAAGUAUCCUCUUCAAUUUAACGGCCUUCAGAAUUCCGCGCGAUCUCUUAAUGGGCCGUUUUCCUCAAGAAUCGGUUUUUUGUAAUCAUGCCGCGCUUUAAUGUCAUUAGAUGGACAACCAAUAUAUAACCAUGACAAGUGUUUUUUGUAAAAGUCUACAAUAACUGCGAUUACAUUACUAUGACAUGACAGUAAUAACUAAGAUUACAUUACUAUGACAGACAGUGACUUUAUUGAAAAAUAACUUCAAGUUUAAAAAAUAAACCAUCUAUCAUACAAAAAGCAGCUCUAGAUAGCGUUAGAUACCUAUAAAAUUUAAUAGCGUUUGUUACCUAUAACACUAUUCAUAACUCUGCGGACGUUUUGACCAAAUUGCUACAAAAAAAGCUUUCAAUUACAGUACAUUAAGUAGAUGUUGUGCACUAUCCACCAAAGUAACUUACAAGGUUUACAACAUCAAUAACAACGCAAGACAUAGCAAUUAGAAAAGCAAUUAGGAGAUGUUUGUCUUCGAGUUUAAUAAAAUCUAGGAACUGGUUGGGCGCCGCCUUCGUUACGGUCACAAGGAUGGAAUUAGGAGAACCUUGUUUGGUAUAACAAUUUAAAUAUAGAGAUGGGUAACUGUAUAAUACCUAGUAAAACACAAAAAGUAAAAUCUCGAUUGAUGCACAAGUUAUGGUCUCUGACUGCUACGACUAUAGAAACAAAAAAAAAUCGUAUUUUACUAUAGUAAAACAUAAUAUUUGAAUGGUCUUAUUUCACGAUUUAAACAUAUUUAUCCUCAAACUAUUGACCAUGUUCUCUACAUUGCAAUAAAGGACAUGAUAGCAAUAAAAACGAACUGCAACCGCAAAUGUAACAAAGUAAUGUCAUGAAGUCAGCCUUUCGGUCGUAAACUUAACAAACCGUAAAGUUUAAUUGUUUUAGGCACAACGAAUUCGUUCAGAAAGUGGGCCUUCGACCUCAACAAGCUGUCGUAUUCCUGCACCAUCCAUCCGAAAACACCAACGAUUCCGCGAUAGCCGACUUCAAACUGCCUCAGGACAUGAUGGGGAUACGGUGUGUGCCGGUGAAUGUUGAUAGAGAAGGAGAACAGCUACGGAAGGACUUCACCAACUUCUUGUACACAGUCAGCAACGAUUACAUGUAA